ACCUUCCCUGCCUUCUUGACGGAACAUAACAAUAUAGGAGAGAAAGAGAAAGAAAGAGGACGACAAAUCAUCCAUCCCCUUUGCCUGUUUACAUUCAACCGUCAACUCAACCAUCCCCAGCUUUGUCCCAAGAAUCGCACCAUGUCCGGCUCGCCCAGUCUCGCAGGCCGUCUCAUGCCCCGGCGCAGCGCGGCCACAAAGGCCUCUGCCAGCUUCGCGGACCAGCUCAGCUCCCCCGGCAGCUCCAGCCCCAGCGCGCGCUCGGAUGACUCGUUUGGAGGCAGCGGCGGCGAGAGGCACGCUCCAUCCGUCAAGGUCCGGUAUGGCGGGAAGCACAAGUAUCACGCUUCGCCGCUCAAGGUCACGUCCACGUCGUCUGCGGAGCAAUCGCCCACCCGCAAGCCAAGGCCAACGCCGAAGCCAAAGCCCGUAGGGAAGCGCGCUGGGAGAUCUGGGCAGAGUCAGAAGAAGCGGAGAAGGUCGCGCUCACGCUCGCGCGAGCCUGCGUCGAGCCUUUCUUCGUCUCCGUCGCCUUCUACCCCAAAAGCGCACGCGACGAAGAAGGCCAGGGUGGAGAAGCCGAAGCUGAGCCCGCUCGACACGGCCGCGCUGAGCGCGCCACUGCCCAGCAAGAACGAGGGCGAGGGCGAGGGCGAAGGUUCGCCACUGACGGAGCCUGACUCGCCUCUCACUCCCGUCUCUGGCUCGCCCGCCGUCGCCACGUCCCCCAUCUCCCCCGGCUAUGCGAGCCCGCCGCCGUUUAUGAAGUCGCUUUCUCAGGCGUCUGCUUCUGCUUCUGCGAGCGCAAAGAAGGCGGUGUCGACUCCGUCUGCGAAGAACGGCGCGAAGAGGAAGCUCACACGGCCCCACACUAUUUCAAAGGCUCCGCCUGGGUCGGCGAAGACAUUGGCAGAGAUGGUGCAUACGCAUACGCAUACAAACGGAAAGGGUAAGGGCAAGGAUAAAGGGAGAAGCGCGUAUACCGAAGAACUCGGCAGCUUCGUGUUCGUGCUCGUCGGUGAGAACGGCAAGGUGGCGGCCGGCGAAAGGGACGGUGCUAGCGGGAAGGGCCAGAGGGAUGUCAGUGUGCAGAUCAUCGAGAGUGUGACGUGGUGGCCUGCUCGGGUAUCGCGCAUGCGCUCAGAGACGUCCGGUGCCCUCCAAGUACGCCUCUUCGGUGACAAUACUCCUGGAUCCUCGUCUUUAUCCUCGUCAACCACCCCCUCCUCCUCCUUCCCGCUCGCUUCUUCCUCCAGCCUCCUUCCCAUCGAAUCGCCCUCCCCCGCGAACGUACGCCCGAUGCGCACGCCUAGCGGAGAGCUCAGCUUCACAGACAGCACCUGCCGGUACACCUCUGGCGCCACGAAAGGCGACGACGGCCCACCGGACCCGACGUCCAGCUCACCGGGACACGAGCCGCCGCCGCGCCCCAAGAAGCGCCCGAAGUCGGCCUGGCAGGCCGCGGUGGACAAGAUGGUCGAGGCGGAGGAGCAGGACAAGGACGGGAUGCCCGCGUUUAUCUCGUCGUUCCGCCUCGACUCGGAUCUGGACGAGGAUCUGGACGAGGACGGUGAUCUCGCUGAUGGUGAUGGGAACGGCAAGCAUGCGCCUGCUUCUUCGGGCAAGGACAAGGUCACGAAGGGGACAAAGGGGACGUCGAAGCGGGUGUUUGUCGAUUUGCUGGAUGUCGACGACGACGACGACGAUGUGGACAUGGACUUUGGCGACGAUGACGACGACGAUGAUUUGGACUAUCUGAGCGUGCGCGUUGGCGACUUUGUGCUCUCGUGGUACCCGCGCACGUGCGAGGCCUAUUGGCCUGCGAAGGUCAUUGGGAUUCAGGAGCCAGUGAGGGAGCCCGGCGGCGCGAAGGGGAAGGCGAAGGGGAGGAGGAAGGGGCGGAUGUAUGAGCUCGAGUUUAUGGAUGGGGUACGCAAGGCGCUGCCGAAGAAGAAGUUCUUCACGAAUGACGAGAAGGGGUUCGUGACUUGCAAGGUGAAGCGUGCUGUCAUUCUCGGAGAGUGGACGAGCAAAGUCAAAGACGUCGACGGCCCCGACGACGACGACGACGCGAACGACAGCGCUAAACCCCCUCCUUUCUCCUCCUUCUCCCCCUCCUCUUCCGAUCCCUCGCAACAGCGCCCGCGCUCGCCCAGCCCCGCACCCGUCCUCCCUCCACCCGCGAAAGAAGCGUUCGCAGACCUCCCGCUGCGCACGCAGCUCGCGUACGUGAAGCCCGUGUUGCUCGCGACCCUGCGCGGGGCGUACGCGCCCGCGCUGGCGCGCCACCGGGCGUUCAUGAAGGGCGGCGCGGCGCGCGCGGGUAUACAGAAGGACGCGGGCGUGCGUGGCGAGAUGGGCACGACGGAUGUGGCGGAGCUGAGGGCGCUGAUUAGCGAGUGGGUGUUGAGGGGGGAGACGCGGGGGAGGCCGGGGGUUGGGGAGGACGUUGAGGAGAAUGAGGGCGGACAGGGGGUGGGGGUGGAUGUGGUGCCGAUGGAUGUUGAUAGGCGAGGGCCAGAAGUGGGAGAGGAAGGCGAAAACGUCGACGUGACGAAUGGGAAUGGGCAUGUCGAGGCCCCAGGCCCAGGGACCGGGGAGGCAUGUCCCGAUACCAACCACCCGCUUGCGAUUGGCGGUACCGAUUCUUCUGCAUUAACUUCCGCAAAACCAAGCGAUGCAUCCCACCAGCCCGAUGGCGAAGCACAGCAGGGAGGCAAUGCUAUCGGUCAAACUUCUAGCCAGAACGAUCCUUACGAGACGGUCGAGGUGGGGGCUGUUCCGUCGGGAGCACCUGGUCUUCCGCGCGAAAGGGAGACUGAAGCCGAUGCGUUAUCUCAGGGCCGAGCGGGGGCGGAAGCCCAGCAUAAGGUGCCGAUAGAGGUAGAGGCGAAGACGGUGGUGAAAGAAGGUGCUGGUCAUGCGGACGAAGAGCGAGGCGAUGCGACUGCAGAAGCUUCGCAGGCCAUAUCCAGAAAGCCGUUCGGGUGUGAGGAGUACGAGAGUCUCGCUGGACACGAAAAAGUCGCUUACUGCACGGACGUCCUCCUACGCGAAGCCGUCCAACAACUGCACCUCUGGCGCGCGGGCGACCGCACGUCAGUUGACCUGCUCCCGGAGGCGGAGGAGGCGCGGCUGCACGCGAUUGCGGUGGGGAAGAUGGAGUACAGGGACUGGGUGUGGGAUGUCGUGCGCAUGCGUAAGGCGCAGGCCAGACUGCAUAGCAAGCGGGAGGAGCCGAAGAACGCCGCCGCCGCCGCUAGUGCUAGUGGGGGGACGCGGUCGAGGCCGAGGACGUCGACGGUUUCGAGGCGGUAGUUUGAUUUGUCUCUAUGGUGUAUCUCUACAGUUCUUGAGUC